CGCUCAUCAAGUAAAAACGUUUCCUCGAAUGCGAGCUUCGAAUAGAUCCCGUCAAAUAAGAACGAAACACAGACACAGAGCGAGCGAGAGAGAGAGAGAGGGCAACGAUGGAGGACGAGCUGAGAGCACUGCAAGAAUCCAUUGAGGGUUUGAAGCGAUCCUUGCCAGUCUCUGAUCACCAUGAUUCUAUUUCAGAAAUGCAACAGCGAGUGGGUAGGAUUAUGAGCCUUGUGAAAUCAUCGGGUGGUCGGCGUUCCAAAGUGAAGGAAUUGAGUGCUGAAGUAGUUGAUAGCAACCCUUAUAGCAGGUUGAUGGCGCUUCAAAGAAUGGGCAUUGUUGAGAACUAUGAAAGGAUUCGAAAUUUCUCAGUUGCAAUAGUUGGCAUAGGUGGUGUUGGCAGUGUUGCUGCAGAAAUGCUUACAAGGUGUGGCAUUGGUCGCUUGUUGUUGUAUGAUUAUGACACAGUGGAGUUAGCUAACAUGAAUAGGUUAUUCUUUCGUCCUGAUCAGGUUGGCAUGACGAAGACUGAUGCUGCUGUACAGACUCUUUCAGAUAUUAAUCCAGACGUUGUUUUGGAAAGCUACUCAUUGAACAUCACAACUGUCAAAGGUUUUGAUACUUUCAUAGAAAGCCUCAAAAGAAGAAAGCCUGAGGAAGAUGGGCGAAGUAGUGGUGUUGAUCUUGUGCUGAGUUGUGUUGACAAUUACGAGGCUCGCAUGGUAGUGAAUCAGGCAUGCAAUGAACUGAACCAGGCAUGGAUGGAAUCUGGUGUAUCUGAAGAUGCAGUCUCAGGUCAUAUACAAUUGCUGGUUCCUGGAGAAACAGCAUGCUUUGCUUGUGCUCCACCCUUGGUGGUUGCAUCUGGAGUGGAUGAGCGCACACUCAAGCGUGAAGGUGUAUGUGCUGCAUCUUUGCCAACUACCAUGGGUGUUGUUGCUGGUCUCCUGGUUCAGAAUGCACUCAAAUACCUACUAAAAUUUGGACAAGUUUCUCCCUAUUUGGGAUAUAAUUCACUUAAAGACUACUUUCCAACUAUGGAAAUGAAACCAAAUCCCCAAUGCUCAAACUCAGCAUGUCUUGAGCGUCAAAAAGAAUACAUUCAGGCAAAACCAGCUAGAGAUGCAUUAGCCAAAGCAAAGUUAGAAGCUGAAUCAUCAUCACAAACAGAAUGCCCGCUUCAUAUGGAUAAUGAAUGGAACAUAAGUGUUGUGGAUGACAGUGAGGCUGAAACCUCAGAUCACAGCAGGAAGCCUUAUGCUCUUCCAGAAGGUCUUGUCCGCGAGCUUCCUAAUGCCGAUAAAUAUCAAGAGCCACCGGUGUCAGGAGGGAUAACUGCAAUCAAUGAUGACCUCGAGGAACUCCAGCGGCAACUCGAUGCCCUUAAUUCAUCGUAACACUUUCGAGUAAUUGAUUAAAAGCAUAGAGUUAAGGGCAAACAAGUGGGGUUGGGGGAUGUUCUAUAAUCUGAUUGAUAUUUUAACUUAUCGGCUUUUUUAACUGCCAAUUUCAAGCUGCUUGAGCAACCCUGUUUUUACAAACAAAACAAGGGGAGAAUUAGUCGAAUAUUGGACGGUAUUUAAAUAUUGAACUUGAUUGAUGUAAUCUGGACCUUGGACACUCCCUUAUCAUUUGGUGGUUUUGUUGUGCAGAAAAUCAACUUUCACUUGAUGAGUCCUGUAAACAAUAAGGCAAUUUUAAUUUAUGCUAAUUGCUUGAUUUGGAUUUU